AUGUCUUCCGAUUACGAUGUCUCUGACGACGAAGGCGAGUACUACGAGUACGAUGACGAGGAUGAGGUGAUGAUCGACGUCGAGGAUGGGUCAGCUUCUGAGAUCGAGGUAGACGGCUUCGGCAACGACUUCAAGGUUGGCGCCCGAAGCGACCGCAAGAUCUACGACGUCGAGUUCUCUGCCCUCAGCCAGCCGGAGGUGGAGAGAAUCAUGCAGGCGGACGUAGACCAUAUCAGUAGUAUCUUCGGUGUAGAGCCACCUACAGCCGCCCUCCUGCUCCGACACAUGAUCUGGAACAAGGAGAAGCUAAUUGAGAAGUACAUGGACAACGCGUCCGCGGUCGCCGUCGCGGCUGGCGUAGAGCUGCCGCCACCGCCCAAGCCGUCGUCGAGCAAGGCGCCCGCCGCCCCGGGGCCCCAGCGCAACUCCCGGCGCUCCCCGUCCGCGCCGAAGAGCCCCAAGGGCAAGCGGGCAUCGCCCCCAAUCGAGGAGCCGGCCGCGGACGUGUGCCCGAUCUGCUUCGACGACUCGCAGACGGAGUUCCUGUCCCUGCUGUGCGACCACAAGUUCUGCGCGACGUGCUGGAAGGAGUACAUCGUGAGCAAGGUCCGCACCGAGGCGGAGUGCACGGUCGCCUGCAUGGGCGAGGGCUGCAACGUCGCGGCGCCGGACCCGUUCGUGGAGCACGCGCUCGGGGACGACCGCGAGACGUGGGCGCGCUACCAGGAGCUGCUCGUGCGCCAGUUCGUGGGGUGCAUCCCGCACCUCAAGUUCUGCCCGUACCCGUCGUGCACGUACACGGUGUCGUGCCCGAGCGCGGCGACGAAGUCGUCGCUCGCGCAGAUCGUGCCGAUCGUGACCUGCGGCGCGUCGAGCACGCAUGUGUUCUGCUUCGGGUGCCCGAUCGACGCGGACCACCGGCCGGUCGUGUGCGCCGUCGCGCGGAUGUGGAUGAAGAAGUGCCAGGACGACAGCGAGACGGCGAACUGGAUCAAGAGCAACACGAAGGAGUGCAGCAAGUGCAUGAGCACGAUCGAGAAGAACGGCGGGUGCAACCACAUGACGUGCAAGAAGUGCAAGUACGAGUUCUGCUGGGUGUGCAUGGGGCCAUGGUCUGAGCACGGCACGUCGUGGUACUCGUGUAACCGAUACGACGAGAAGGCGAGCGUGGACGCGCGCGAUGCACAGACGAAGAGCCGCGCCUCUCUAGAGCGAUACCUUCACUACUACAACCGAUGGGCCAACCACGAGCAGUCUGCGAAGCUCUCCAUGGAGCUCUACACGAAGACGGAGAAGAAGAUGGAGGAGAUGCAGGUCACGUCCGAGCUGACCUGGAUCCAGGUGCAGUUCAUGAAGAAGGCGCUCGACGUCGUGCACAAGUGCCGCAUGACGCUCAAGUGGACGUACGCGAUGGCGUACUACCUCGCGCUCGGGAACGAGAAGGAGCUCUUCGAGGACAACCAGCGCAGGGACCUGGAGAGGGCUGUCGAGGAGCUGUCCGAGCUGAUCGAGGCUCCGAUCGACCCGGAGACGAUCAUGACGCUCCGCCAGAAAGUGACCGACAAGACCGUCUACGUCCAGAAGCGCAACGAGAUCAUGCUCGAGGACACUGCAAAGGGCUACCUAGAAGGCCGCUGGAGCUGGAACAUGCCCGUAGAGGGCUUCGACAAUGACUCGGACUAG